AAAGCCACAUGCUCUUUUCCACGAGUUGUGUGCAGAGGCUCACAUACACUGACACACACAUACACAGGAAGGAGUCGAGAAAGAGAGACAUAUAUACACACACACACACACACACAGACUGAGGUAGUUGUUUUGCGAAGAGCAGGUGUCCUCCUCCACAAACCUUCAGCACUGCUCCUGCCUAUCUUGAUCAAACUGUGGACUUCCAAGUGGAGGGAAGGAGGGAAAGAAGGAGGACAGGAGAAAGACUAACCACUCCAAGGAGGAGGAGAGGAAGAAUGGGAUAGAGACAGAGAACAACAAUCUCACUGUUCAGAACAUGGACCGAGGCUAGAAAGAGAGGAACAGGAAAAAGGGAGGGAUACAGAGAGAGAUGUGGCCAGGCAUGGGGAGAGACAGACUGACUAGAGGACUGGUUCUGCGCCUGUGUCUUCUCCUCACCGCUCUCUGUGUCUGUGUUCACAUUUACCUGGAGCUGGGGAGCAGGAGGGGGGCACCUUCGCACCUCAUUUUAGGAUGUCCCACACAGACCAACCAGGUGCUAACAGACAAGGGUGCGAGGACACGGGGGACAAAGGACCCCAUGGAGCCCAACUUCGGGACUGAGGACAGAGCCAUGAAGAGAAUGGUGUCCCACGUACGCACGCUGAAGAAUGACUCUGUAGCAGGGAAGACAGGGGGAGGGGACAACCCCUCCACGUGCUGCCCACCUUUGCGACCAAAGAGAAAGUCUCCCAGGUGGCAUAUAGAGCUCGAGCCGUGGGCCAGUGACAACCACUCCCUGGAGGAGGAAGCUAGGAGGUUCCUUCACUACAUCACUACACCACAGGUGUCUUGUGCCCCCCCUUCCCCAGAGGGCCCCUUGGCACUAGAGGGUCAGGAAGGGCCAAAGGGGCCCUGGGCAGUGUGUCUGGACAGCAGGUACAGCCUGGCACAACGGAUACACACCAAACACUGCCGGGUCUACUCUAUGGGGUUGGGUGUGGAGGAUAAAACCCUGGAGCGCUCUCUGGCCAGGGUGGGCUGUGAGGUACACUGUUUUGACCCUAGCCUAAAGCAGGCCCACCUGCAGGAGUCAGACAUGUGGCUCCAUCGUCUCUCCGUGGACUGGAGGGACCCCAACCCAGCCAUCCCCGCCCAGAGACAGCACGGCAACACCAAGAAACUGGCCACCAUCCUCAACGAUUUUGGACACAGACAGGUGGAUGUUCUGAAGGUAGACAUGGAGAGUGCGGAGUGGAAGAUUCUGGAGAACCUGGUUCUAGAAGGGGUUCUGAGCUCAGUGGGUCAGUUACUACUAGAAGUCCACCUCCACUGGGCAGGGUUUGAGGUGGAUGGGGACGACCCAUCCGUGGUGCGCUAUUGGUUCAGCCUGCUGAAGGAGCUGGAGCGAGCUCACUUCCGCCUCUUCCGUUACCACAACGACCCAGCCAAACCCCGCCUUUUCCUGCACAGGAACUUUCUGAACUCCAGCAGUGCCUAUACACUGGGCUGGGUCAACAAUGAGUGGAGGCCUUGAGAGCACUGACUGACAGGCCUCUGGCCAAUGAGAAGGGGAGACUGUGAAAUGUAGUCCAGCUACGAUGGGAAAGAAGGAGUCGUCAAUCCCAUGGGAUGUUUGCCUUUGGAUUUUUACAGUGAGCUCCAAAAGUAUUGGGACAGUGAUAAUUGUGUUGCUGUUUUGGCUCUUGUAAUGUCAGCCAGACUAUCCAUAAUCAUGGUGGCAUCCACAUUAAUAUAGAAGUGUUAAGAAACAUAUAUUCUUAAUUACAAUAAAAGUACUUCAAAAUGACACCAUUCAUUACUUACCAUUAAUUUUUAUUGGGUAUAAAAUUAUCUUAAACACAACCAAAACAAACAGCAAAUGCAUCAAACACGUUUGUAAAGUCACAAGCUUGAUGUAACCAUUACAUGCUAGGAAUGUGGUGUCAAUAACUAAACUUUAAAUAUAUUUAUUUGAUUUCGUUCUCCCCAAUUGGUAGUUACAGUCUUAUCCCAUCGCUGCAACUCCCGUACGGACUCAGAAGGGGCGUGCAUCUCAAAACCCCGCCAAGCUGCACUGCUUCUUGACACAAUGCUCGCUUAACCCGGGAAGCCAGCCGCACCAAUGUGUCAAUGGAAACAAUGUACACCUGGCGACCAUGUCAGCAAGCAUUGCACCUGGUCCGCCACAGGAGUCGCUAGGCCAACCCGGCCGGCUAAACACUCCCCUAACCCGCACGAUGCUGGGUAAAUUGUGCGCCGCCUCAUGGGUUUCCUGGUUGCUGCUGGCUGAGACUGCCUAGGAUCAAACCAGGAUCUGUAGUGAAGCAGCGAUCUUAGACCGCCGCGGAACUCGGGGGGCAUCAAAUACUAAACUUUUAACUACUAUAAUUAACAUAUAAGUGGAUUUGUCCCAAUACUUUUGGUAUUGGGACAUCCAACACGUUUGUUGGAUGUGAUUUCUAAACGGUUCACAUGUGAUAUGGAUGAAAAUACCCUCAAACGUACAGUGGGGCAAAAAAGUAUUUAGUCAGCCACCAAUUGUGUAAGUUCUCCCACUUAAAAAGACGAGGCCUGUAAUUUUCAUCAUAGGUACACUUCAAUUAUGACAGACAAAAUGAGAAAAAAAAAAUCCAGAAAAUCACAUGGUAGGAUUUUUAAUGAAUUGAUUUGCAAAUUAUGGUGGAAAAUAAGUAUUUGGUCACCUACAAACAAGCAAGAUUUCUGGCUCUCACAGACCUGUAACUUCUUCUUUAAGAGGCUCCUCUGUCCUCCACUCGUUAGCUGUAUUAAAUGGCACCUGUUUGAACUUGUUAUCAGUAUAAAAGACACCUGUCCACAACCUCAAACAGUCACACUCCAAACUCCACUAUGGCCAAGACCAAAGAGCUGUUAAAGGGCACCAGAAACAAAAUUGUAGACCUGCACCAGGCUGGGAAGACUGAAUCUGCAAUAGGUAAGCAGCUUGGUUUGAAGAAAUCAACUGUGGGAACAAUUAUUAGGAAAUGGAAGACAUACAAGACCACUGAUAAUCUCCCUCGAUCUGGGGCUCCAAGCAAGAUCUCACCCCGUGGGGUCAAAAUGAUCACAAGAACGGUGAGCAAAAAUCCCAGAACCACAAGGGGGGACAUAGAAAAUGACCUGCAGAGAGCUGGGACCAAAGUAACAAAGUAAACCAUCAGUAACACACUACGCCGCUAGGGACUCAAAUCUUGCAGUGCCAGACGUGUCCCCCUGCUUAAGCCAGUACAUGUCCAGGCCCGUCUGAAGUUUGCUAGAGAGCAUUUGGAUGAUCCAGAAGAAGAUUGGGAGAAUGUCAUAUGGUCAGAUGAAACCAAAAUAUAACUUUUUGGUAAAAACUCAACUCGUCGUGUUUGGAGGACAAAGAAUGCUGAGUUGCAUCCAAAGAACGCCAUAUCUACUGUGAAGCAUGGGGGUGGAAACAUCAUGCUUUGGGGCUGUUUUUCUGCAAAGGGACCAGGACGACUGAUCCAUGUAAAGGAAAGAAUGAAUGGGGCCAUGUAUCGUGAGAUUUUGAGUGAAAACCUCCUUCCAUCAGCAAGGGCAUUGAAGAUGAAACGUGGUUGGGUCUUUCAGCAUGACAAUGAUCCCAAACACACUGCCCGGGCAACGAAGGAGUGGCUUCGUAAGAAGCAUUUCAAGGUCCUGGAGUGGCCUAGCCAGUCUCCAGAUCUCAACCCCAUAGAAAAUCUUUGGAGGGAGUUGAAAGUCCGUGUUGCUCUAGAGGAGAUGCAUGGAGGAAUGGGCCAAAAUACCAGCAACAGCGUGUGAAAACCUUGUGAAGCCUUACAGAAAACGUUUGACCUCUGUCAUUGCCAACAAAGGGUAUAUAACAAAUUAUUGAGAUAAACUUUUGUUAUUGACCAAAUACUUAUUUUCCACCAUAAUUUGCAAAUAAAUUCAUUAUUAUGCACAAUUUGUGGCUGACUAAAUACUUUUUUGCCCCACUGUAAGUCACUGUCCCAAUACUUUUACGGAGGUUUAUGGAAAGUUUUGUGAGCUCUACUCCUCCUAUCAAGCUCCUAUCAUUUCAACAAUGUUGAAUCACCACUCCCUGUUCCCUUCCCUGAUAUGACCUUAGACAUUGUGAGGUAAUUGCCUCGUGGCCUUGAGGUCCGUCCAUCGGUCAGAGCUGCUUCAAAGUGGCUGUGUUCUGUCUGGCUGGAGGUCAUGGCCUUAUCUGGGCUUGGACCUGAGCCAAACCGUCCCGAACAGACCGAGAUAUCCACUCUCUCCUGGAGAAUUUCUAUUCAAAAAGGCACAGGCAAGACCACAGCCCAAACUAUACUGAAGAAAAAUAUAAAUGCAACACUUUUUUUUUACUGUGUUACAGAUGUAAACCAGUCAAUUGAAAUAAAUAUAUUAGGCCCUAA